AUGGAUAAAUACGAGGAAAACCUGCUGCGGCUAAAUCACAGAAUACGCGAUUUAAUUGCCCAAGUUGACCGACUGGACACUAAAAACCGGAAGCUUCACAACGAAAACACGGUACUCGUGGAGGAUGUCGCGCGCUUCCGCUCCCAGUACGCGCUGGCCGAAGAGGCUAGGCUUCAGUGCAAGUCGGUGGUCGAGAAGGAACUGGAGCGCAGUCAGCAACAGUUCGAGGCGCAUCAGUUGCUCAAAAGGCGCUACAAUGAUUUGAUCAAAGAGUACGUUGCUCAAAAUCACAAACUGAAGGCUUCGGAAGCUAACGCUACCGUGAGGCAUAGCCGCAUCAAAAGGAACCGGGUUCCGGUGGAGAUCAUAGGAAAGAUUUCGGACAUUGGAAAACCCACGGCCUUUGAGGAACGGAUGACCACUCUGGAGAAUCGCUGCAGUGCGCUGGAGAAGGAACUGGCCAAGGCGUACACCAUAAUCGAUGAUUUGGAGUUUGAACUGGAGACGAUCGAUCACUUAGAAGAUCUGAACGAUCAGUUGGAACGGCAAGUCAGAGAUCUAAAGGUGGAGCUCGAGCUACAACGGCGAAGCUCGCUAUCGUCCGACCAGCUAGCCCUGAUGACCUCACCCACCGAACCGCAUAUUCAAAUCAACACUGGCGCGGGCCUUAGCGGUACAAAACAGACCUCAGCGCCGCCCGAGUCGCAGAAG